ACAUCCGUCCUCCCGCCUCUCAGAGUUGGGAGAAGGAAGGCUGGGGGGGUGGGAAAAAUAAAAGGAAAAGCCCUUGUACCAUGUAGACCAGUGCCCCCCACCCUGCCGCGCCGGCCGGGACCCCCAGUCUGCGGCCAUGAACGCGAACAGCGAGGGCGAGAGCUUCCCGGGCUCCGUGCAAAUUCCAGGCGGCACGACGGUGCUGGUCGAGCUGACUCCCGACAUCCACAUCUGUGGCAUCUGCAAGCAGCAGUUUAACAACCUGGACGCCUUUGUCGCUCACAAGCAAAGUGGCUGCCAGCUGACCAGCACGCCCGGGGCGGCCCCCAGCACAGUCCAGUUUGUGUCGGAGGAGACGGUACCCGCCACCCACACUCAGACCACCACCAGAACCAUCACCUCGGAGACUCAGACGAUCACAGUUUCAGCUCCAGAAUUUGUUUUUGAGCACGGCUAUCAAACGUACCUGCCCACGGAAAGCAAUGAAAACCAGACCGCCACUGUCCUCUCUGUGCCUGCCAAGUCACGUGCCAAAAAGCCCACGGCCCCUCCUGCUCAGAAAAGACUGAACUGUUGCUAUCCAGGUUGCCAAUUCAAGACUGCCUACGGCAUGAAGGACAUGGAGCGUCAUUUAAAAAUUCACACAGGAGACAAGCCCCACAAGUGUGAGGUCUGCGGCAAGUGCUUCAGCCGGAAGGACAAGCUGAAGACGCACAUGCGGUGCCACACGGGCGUGAAGCCCUACAAGUGCAAGACGUGUGACUACGCCGCCGCCGACAGCAGCAGCCUCAACAAGCACCUGCGGAUCCACUCGGACGAGCGGCCCUUCAAGUGCCAGAUCUGCCCCUACGCCAGCCGCAACUCCAGCCAGCUCACCGUGCACCUGCGCUCGCACACAGCUUCAGAACUGGACAACGAUGCCCCAAAGCCAGCUUGCCCCUCCCCCGACAGCAGUGACACCCAGAAAGCCCCCGGGGUGGCGCUUCCCUCCGAGUCCAAGGAACAAAUGGCCACCCUCGGAGAAAGGACAUUCAACUGUUGCUAUCCAGGUUGCCACUUCAAAACUGUCCAUGGCAUGAAGGAUUUGGACCGCCAUCUACGCAUCCACACAGGAGACAAACCUCACAAGUGUGAGUUCUGUGACAAGUGCUUCAGCCGGAAGGACAACCUGACCAUGCACAUGCGGUGCCACACCAGCGUGAAGCCGCACAAGUGUCACCUGUGUGACUACGCCGCCGUGGACAGCAGCAGCCUCAAGAAGCACCUGCGGAUCCACUCGGACGAGCGGCCCUACAAGUGCCAGAUCUGCCCCUACGCCAGCCGCAACUCCAGCCAGCUCACCGUGCACCUGCGCUCGCACACAGGGGACACCCCCUUCCAGUGCUGGCUCUGUAGCGCCAAGUUCAAAAUCAGCUCGGACUUGAAAAGGCACAUGAUCGUGCACUCGGGGGAGAAGCCUUUCAAGUGCGAGUUCUGCGACGUCCGCUGCACCAUGAAAGCGAACCUCAAGUCCCACGUCCGCAUCAAGCACACCUUCAAGUGCCUGCACUGCGCCUUCCAGGGCCGGGACCGGGCCGACCUCCUGGAGCACAGCCGGCUGCACCAGGCCGACCACCCCGAGAAGUGCCCCGAGUGCAGCUACUCCUGCUCCAGCGCGGCCGCCCUGCGCGUGCACAGCCGGGUCCACUGCAAGGACCGCCCCUUCAAGUGUGACUUCUGCAGCUUUGACACCAAGCGGCCCAGCAGCCUGGCCAAGCACAUUGACAAGGUCCACAGGGACGAAGCCAGAACGGAGAACCGGGCCCCGCAGGGCAAAGAAGGGCCCCGCGACGGCAGCUCUGUGCACGUGGCCAAAAUAGUGACUCAGAGGGCCUUCCGCUGUGAGACCUGUGGCGCUGCCUUCGUCAGGGACGACUCUCUGAGAUGCCACAUGAGGCAGCACAGUGACCAGAGUGAGAGCAAGAACUCGGACUUGGUCACCUUCCCGCCUGAAGGCGGCGCGUCGGGACAGCUCGGCCCCCUGGUGUCCGUGGGGCAGCUGGAGACCUCCCUGGAGCCCAGCCAGUGCCUCUAAUCCAGAGAGGGUGGUGAGCUGUCCGCACUCCAGGCGUCUGCUGCUGCCCCACCCUCUUAGGUGAGGCCCUCAGGCCAGACUUCGGUCACCCAGCCCUGGGCACGGCCGCCCCCAGCGUCAUAGGCCUGCAGGCGCCAUGGCUGCCGUCACUGUGGCGUGAGAGCAGACGCCAGCGCAGCCGUGGAGACACCUCCACGUGCUGUCUUCCCUCCGAGAAUCAACUAAGCAAGUUGACCAGUUGUUCCAAGGGGGGGGGGGGUCCACUGUGCACCACUCUGCCCAGGAGGAUUAGCUGCCUGAUGAUGGAUUCCAACUCAGACUGGUCCAUCCGUGGUGUAGUUAUUAAACUACUAAACUGAUCUGUGUAGUGGGGAAGGUGAAGAUGAGGACGGGUACACAGAGGGUCUGGGGGAGCUGGGAAAGCUCGGGUGUGUAACCUGGGUGGCGGUUGGUUAUACAUGUUCGCCUUAUAUGUUUUUGUGUGGUUCCUUUUAUCGGUUGUCUUGUAAUAAAAAAACAGACUCAU